GGUUGAAUUCUUGAAAGAAACUAUCAUAAAGCUUGUUAAAAAAAACUUGCUAUGUCUUUUUCUUUUUCUCUCUAAUAAUAUCCUCAUAUUGAAAAAAAAAUAAAAAAAAAUACCCUUUUUAGAAUUAUAUGUAAAUUCAAGCUUGGCAGUACUUUGAUCUUCAAUAUUUUGAGUUUGCAAGGUAAUAUAUAUUGGUGAACAAAUAGCCCAUACAUUACAAUUAUUUUCAGGUUCCAAAAUCCUGAUUCAUUGUAUCUACCUGUAUUUUUGUUUUGAUUCUAUCUUGGAUCCAAAAAUUUACUUGAUUGACUAAAGAAAUGGCCUUGGCAUAUACCCCUUUGUCAUGGUGGCUUUGGAGUGGAAAGCAUCAAGAACCUAAAAUCUCUAAAGGGACUUCUGUAAAUUCAUCACCUGAUUCAUUGGAAUUGGAUACUCUGAAGUUAAGUCUUGAUAGGAGAAGGAAUAUGGCCCCUUCAUCUAGAAAGGUUAAGCGAAAAUGGGAGAGUCGAGAGGAGCGGAAGGUUGAUAGGGAGUAUGAUAUUGUUCUUGUGCCAUCGGAUGGCGGAUGUGUUUCAGGGUCCGAGUCUGAUGAUUCGGACUGGUCCGUUGGAUGGUUGGAGCCUCAUGGACCUGGAUUCCAGAGUGAUGAUGAUAGCUUUGCUGUGCUAGUUCCUUGCUAUGGACGUGGGCGCGCAAAUUUGGAAGAUAAUGCGCAAGACAAGUUUAUGCAGACCAUUGGAAACUUCAGGGAUAUACAUGGUUCUGAGAAUAAGAAGUAUAUGGAACAGUGGCUCUCAUCUUUGCGGUAUAGCUGACAUGCUGCAUUGACUCAGUUGAUUUGAUUUCUUCUCUGCAGCCUCUCCAGAUUCGUUGUUGCAGUGGAUCAAACACUUAGCUGUUUUUGUAUAUUUCCAGCCUAAAUAUGGACUUAGGAGUAAAUAAAAAUUUAACUGUAAAAAAAUAAGAAAUUUCUAGUAACUCCUCGGUACCUUGUGUCUGUUUUCAGAAUUAUUUGAAGUGUAACCUCCACGUUGCCUCUUUAAAAUUGGUGUAAAUUUGUCGUUCGAACUGUCCGGAAGCCGAAGAGAAGAAUGAUGCUUUAAAGAAGGAAAAUAGGGAAAAAGCAAAAAGACGGGAAAGCUGAGAAGCAUGGUUAUGAUUAUUUCCUGUAAUAUUCCUUGAUGUAUAUAUAUAUAUUUGUGAAUAUGUGAAUAGGUUCAUCAGUUGCAACUCUUUUUAAGUAUGUGUGACUUUCUGAGAAAAUAGUUGGGUACUUCUGAUGUUAUCAGUAAGUAUGAUGCAUUGUGAAUAUGCAGUUUAAUCCACUUGUAAAGUAUGUCUGACUGAAAAAUAUUUGGGAAGUUCAAAUGUUAUUUGUAACUUGUAAGAAUAAUAUCUAUGUUGUUUCAUGCUACUAAA